AUGCUCUUCUCGUUGUUUGCGCUGUCCCUUCACAACUCCGUGGGUCUCACAUACACGGAAAUCAAUGUGAUCGUCUCGCUUUCUGCCGUCGGCAUGUACUUGUGUUUGCCCAUUUUGGGCUAUUUGGCUGAUUGCUAUGGGCCUGCGUUGUUGUCGUUGAUUUCGAUUUGGGCGUUUUGUCCGGCGUAUUUUGUCAAUGCCUUGCUUGUCAACUCGGUGCGGUCCAUUCAUCUAGAGGAGCCGUUUGCUGAGCUCAAUAAGAUGGGCGUACUUGUCAUGGCGUUUAGUUUCUGUUUCAUAGGCUUGGCGACGUCGUCGUUGUAUUUUUCAAGCUUGCUUACGUGCGCCAAAAUCUAUCCUGACCACAAGGCGUUGGCGAUCUCAUUGCCGGUGAGCUGCUAUGGGAUUUCUUCGUUGAUAGGCGCCCAGCUCAUGAAAAUUCCCUACUUCCACGACGAAGAAAGCAAAGAGCUCGACUUGGAGCGUGUGUUCAUGUUCUUUGCCGUGUUGUAUUUGUUCAUGGGCGCUCUCAACUUUGUAUCCAAUUCGAUUGUGUCCAUCGAGACUGAUAUUAUUUUUGGAGACGAGGAGCCCUUGAUUCCGGACUCCGAGGCGGUCUCUCCAUCUGGAAGUGACGAGGAGGCUGCUGGUGAAGCCGAGACAAACGAGCUUCUCCCUCAGAGAUCAAAUAUCGAGCCCGUGGACCAUAAAGCUCGGUACAUCAGGUUUCUCAAGGAUAAGUCGGCUUGGGUGUUGCUCGUAUCGCUAUUACUCAACAUUGGUCCUAUGGAGAGCUUCCAGAACAAUUUGGGCUCGAUAAUAGGCUCUACCACAGGCGGUAAAGGCAUUUUGGCCGACGAAGUGUCGGUGAUUGCACUUCUGUCCACAGCCAUAAGACUUGUCAUAGGUGUCGUUGCAGACUACAUUUCCAGCAGUAAAAGACGGUAUCCAAUAUGUAAAGUGUGGUUGAUGGUGGCGCUAAUUUUGGUUGGAGUUGUCGCCCAAGGCGCUGUAAUUUAUGGUUUCGACUUCACAACGAUAUCCAUUCUCAGCGGGAUCUGCUACGGCGGUCUUUUCACCAUCUACCCUACAAUCAUUGCGUCUGUGUGGGGCGUCGACCUCAUGGGCUCUACAUGGGGGUCUUUCAUGGUGGCGCCGGCCAUUGGCAGCAUUCUGUACUCGCUUUUGCACGGCAAUCAAAUGGACAGCUGCAAAAACCGAGGAAAUUACGAGCAUGGAAGCGAUGGGUGUCUCGUUCACUACUUUGAGAUCACCGGAGUGAGCAUGAUGUUGAGUUUGAUCUUCGUGUUGAUCGCCUGGCGGGCGUUUUGGUGGAAGCGAGGCUUGUGCUGUUUCUAG